AACACAUUACUGAAGACCUUAAAGACAGCAGGCGCUGAUACAUAAUUCUUUUAAAAACGACAAAACAACGACGUCUUCAAUAUUGUUAAAUUCCUAGAACUGGCAACCUGCUUGUUUUCUUACAUAAAACAAAACAAGGUCACACCGAGGCAACACCUGCUAAUGCAUAGGCACUGAUAACUUGCAUAUAUGUAAAGCUUGAUCGAUCAUCAGCGUCGCACCGAUACUCUCUGUUGGUAUCAGUGCAACCUUGGUUGGCUUCUCCUUCGGUAAUGCGUCUUCAUGCCGCCGCGAUUGCCGAUGCAGUGAGGGAUCAAGUACUAUUAGAUACCAUCGUUCCCGGCCACGCUGUCAGCUAUACAAUAUUGAAGACGUCGUCGGCUUAGACGAAAGCUGCUCUCAGUGGCAGAUUUAGCGGGUUGGGAGUUACCUGGGAAAUUUGAUUGAGUUUGGAAAUUCGAAUGAGGAUUUUAGAAAAUAGUCAAAACUGUCACAGUGUUUGGGGUGUUUAGUCGAAGGUUGAGACGUUAGGUAUGUGUAUAUCACCGUUACGACAGUAUGGUUAAGGAGUGAAUUGACACUGGAGAUAUUAAAGAACGGCGACGGUUGUCAUCACUUCCAGUGCUUUCCAUUUGUGAGGUGCUUAAAAUCGUAGGAAGAUGUUCUAACUGUCACCGUCUAUUGUGCGUUGGAAUUUUCCUGCAGUGAUCCAGUCAACGCAACAGAAGACAUCGUUCAGUAAAAAACAAUCUCAAGCAGCUUUAGCGACCACGAUGAAGAUCUGAUCAUCUACAGAUUGUUGCUAUAUUCUAUACAUCGGAGACAUUUAAAUCCACUGGACACUGCGGACAGAUAAGAGAUGACGGAUGGCUCCUGAGAGGGAUUCGAACAUGAAGUGGAUUCUCUGCGUGACCGCUGCGCUCGUACUGGUGGCAGGGAAAGGUGACGCCAUCGACUGCUUCUCUUGCGUCUCAGCCAAUGGCUCCGACAUUGGUUGCCAUGAUCCGUUCAACCCCGCCCUCAGCAGAGUGGAGAAAGCCUGUAGACAGGGGAUGGAGAACAGAUACGGCCUAUUCCCUGCCUCCUACUGCAUAAAGAUUAAAGGAGAAGGAGCGGUUUCAAAGAAGCAGAUCUACGUCCGAACCUGCGCCAUCGAUACAAUGGAGAACCAGUGCGGGGAGUUCCAGUUUGAGGGGGUUCUUUACAAAGGGUGUAUCACCACGUGCAAGACAGACUCAUGCAAUACAGCACCUAGGACCACGCCCUUUUGGUCCUCUUUAUUGGUGACUGUUAUAGUAGUUCUGGUGCUUCUAAGGGUGAGGUGAUCGUGCGGUACACUGUAACACCCAUUUACAGAGACGAUUCCAUUAAAUGAUUGCCAAUGCCUAAGUUCUGCGGAAAACUGUUCAUGACUGAUGUUUUGAGAGUGUAAACAGAUUCUGUCCAGACAUGACGAUUUUCUUUUCAUAUCACAGACUAGAAUACGCAUGAGUAGUUCAGCACGAUUACGGCGCCAGUGCGCGACAGCGAAACGUGUCUCACUUUGCUGCCCAUGAACUGAGAUGAAAAACGUUCUUUUUUAAUCGCUGUAGGAGCAUACUGGGGGACCGUCAUGCCUGCCUGAGACGAGACGAUCUUAAGCAAUCAUUUUGAAAUAAUUUGCAUUAUGUGUUAAAUGAUUUGGACGCAAAUACUCUAUAUUACACUGUUGGCACACUUAGUGUUUACGCACAAAAGACGUAUAUAACGCCUUGUUUCAGUCGUGUACGACCAGGACGCAUUGUGUCAAGUGAGAUUAUUAGGACGCACGCAAACAAACGGUCUGCACGAAAUCAAUCAGCUGUACCUGAAUAUUAUGUGACCAGGCCGCCCAGGUAUAACCCUCUGUAGAAAUCAGUUUAUAUAAGACGGUAAAUAAUUGUAUUAGGUGAGACUAUGUGGCAACUCAUUCGAAUUAUGUUAGAUGUGACGUCCAGUGAGAUUGUGUUAGAUGUGACAUUCAGUGAAACAAGACAUUGAGUAGCAUUGAUAUAUAAUGGAUAAUGCAUGGUCGUUCAGUAAUUCUACAUCCUACAACGGCUUAUCUAUUGUUGUUCAGUUAUUUUAGAAAUUGACGUUGGCGAAGUGUUAAUACAUAUCUCAAUACUUUGCCUAUUUUGUCGCCGAAAAGAUGCCAAAGGCGCUUAACGAGUGGAGAUAUACUGUUACGUGUAAAAACAAGUUUCUUUUUGAAUGUAAAGAAGACAUUGUCAGUGAAACAUUUUAGUGAAUAUCCCUGAUGUUAACGAG